UAUAAUCGUUAAGUGAAUAUUAAGCAAAUGUAGUAAAUACAAUUCGAUUAUAUCGAAAACCAGUAUGUAAUCAAACGUUGUAUCAAGGAAAAAUUAAAAAAUUACCCUUGAACUUUGGGUCGCAACCUUGUGAGCUCAAAAGGAUGCGUUCAGCCUUUUCGGUAACAGAUAAAAACAUAAACAAAUGGGAGGGGUAGUGAAUAGCGCGGCUCAUAAAAUAUUGCGUAAGCAAUCUAACGUGUGACAGGAAAGCAAUCGUAUACUAAAACCACGGAUUAUUAUUACAAUGGUAGCGGUAUAAAAGUAUAAACGUGACGUUCAAGAAAAGUGAUUUACGAUGCACCAAUUUCUAUUGGUCCUAUCAAUUCAAAACAGAACCAAGAUAAUAUAAGCCGAUUCUUCGGAGUAAAACAAAUAACGUAACUAAAACUUGUAGAUCUUGGCUUCGGACAGAGUACCGUAACUUCAAAAACUUAUUUAAUUGAAACGUAGUUAAACUGAAAUGAAGCAAUGAUACAAUAUUAUAAUAGAAACCAAGGUAUGGUUUUUUGGCUAUUUAUUAAUAACCGUAACAACAAUUUCGUGAAUACGUGAUUACUUAAACAAAAAAAAAGAAGAAAACUGUAUACACGUACACCACUGGUACUGAAAGUGAGACGCUAAUGAAACCGGAGCUUGUGUAAUGUGUUACAGCCAGAGUCUGGUCUGGUCAUAUAUAUAAGAGUAUAUAUAUGGGUCUGAUAUGGAGAAAGAUGGUGGUGCAACACUCAUUAAAAUCGAACCAAAACAAGAAGAAGAAAUCCAUUCUUCUCUUCAGGAAAACAUUUUCGUGAGUAAUGAAGCAUUGGUGACAAUAAAAAACGAAAUUACUAUUGAUGCGCAAUGCUCGGAAGCCAAUAAUGAAAAAGUGCUAAAAUGUGCUACCAAUUAUAAAACAAAAUUGUUUAAACAACGCUAUUUAAAACAAGUUUCUAAUAAUGUAGAUGUAUUACAAUGUGAGAACUGUGAAUACAAGACAAAUAAUAAACGCUACUUUCAAAGACAUCGUUUAAUUCACAAAAAAUCUAAAGAUUUUAAAUGUGAGAUCUGCGAUUAUGAGACACAUUGCAAAACCUAUCUGAACCGACACCUUUUAACGCACGAUCGUUCUGAUAAUUAUAAAUGUACUAACUGUGAAUAUAAAACAAAUAAUAAAUCCUACUUAAAACGACACUUUUUAACACACGUUACUUCCAAAAAAUUGAAAUGUGCUAUUUGUGAUUACAAAGCAAAUAGUAAAUGCUACCUUAAACGGCACGUUUUAACACACAAAAUUUCCAAAGGUUUUAAAUGUGCCACUUGCGAUUAUGAGACGAAUAGUAAAUCGUAUCUUAAGAAACACGUUUUAACUCAUCGAGUUACCAACGAUUUUAAAUGUGACUUUUGUGAUUACACGACGAAUGAUAAAUGCUGUCUGAAGCAACAUUUUUUGACACACGAUUCCAAAGAUGCUAAUUGUGAUUACGAGACAAGUGACGAAGGACACCUUUUAAUUCAUAAAGUUUCCAAAGACCUAUAUGAAUGCACUACCUGUGAUUAUGAGACGAGCAAUAAAUCUUACUAUGACCAACACCUUUUAAAACAUUGUGAGAUGAAUAGGCAAUCGGGCUGUAUCGAACAUAUUUAUGAACAUACAGUGUUUAAAUGUGCUAACUGCAAUUAUGAGACAAAAAAUAGAUUCGAUUUUGAGCAACAUCUUUUGGGGUACAUUAGGCGUUAUCAUCAAAUUGCAGCAGCACCUAUGCCGCUUACAAAUUUAUCAAUUGCACCACAUUAGAACGUUAAUUAAUUUUUGAUUCAAUUUUGAGAUGUCAUCACUCGGUCAAUCCAUUUUUGUUAAUUAUUAAUGUUUGUUUUAUUCCUUGUUUAUUGUAAUUUAUGUAAUGGAGCAUGAAUGUGAAAUAAACACAAUGUUACAUUAAUUCAAAAUGUCAUUUAUUGUUCUUGGACUCGUGCCCCCAUCUACAUCAAUCAGGUACAAGAAUACCUAUAUGAGUUCAAUUCCCAACAACCUCUUUUUUUUUAAACAAACUAAAUUAAUACAUUGUAACAAUUUCCAUAAACAACUUAAACUUCUAUGAUUUACAACUCUAAUCUUGGAAUGUUCUGAUCACUAUCCAUCAACAAAUUUGUUCUAAUUGCUUACCUGUUACACUUUAUCCCAAACAAAUUGUGAACUGGUGAAAUGGUUAAUUAAUUAGUCGAUUCCUAUUGCAUAUCGAAAUACAAGGAAUUUUUCCCUACAAAUGGGCUAUAUAUAUGUAUACCUACUCCAAAACAUUUGCUGUGGCCAGCACAGAUACCACUCGUACACCUGCGCAUGUGCGAUUCUGCCCUUUUGUGUUUAAGAUCAAAUUUGGUUCCAAUCGGUUCAGCCGUUUAAACGGCCCGACAGACCAAUAUCACAGCGAUUUUGUUUGAUUCGGAUUCCUGGUGCUUCAAAAUUCGUCAAAAAAGUGGGGGCUCCUUCUUUAUUAUUUUAUUAUCCCUCUUUUGUUCUGGGCCCUCAACAGGCUUGCGCCCAAAUUAUAAGAUUGUAUUAUUUAGAAUUAAAGAACAUUUGGUCGAGUGCAUUCAAGUGCUAUCUGCUCGAACGCGAUAAGACGUUGCUAUUGCGAAAGUUAAUUGAUUUUCGAGAUGCGAGGAUGUGUGACGGUAUUAGGCCAGAGAAGUUCUAUAUUCCGUUUGGAAAAUGGGGUGGAAAAACUUUUUUCUAUUUCGGUGUUACAAUGAGAAUUUUG